CCUCGGCGUCCUUGACUUCGCAAGGGUUUCUGGGAAUCUGAGGCCCAAGGGUUGAACGACCGCCCUUUUUGGAGUAACGAGAGUAGAACAACGGUACAUGCGUCGAGGGAAAUAUUAUCGCAAAACAACUUUCUGAAGCAGUGUAACCAAACGGAAGAAAGGGAUAAGGUCAAUAAUGGCGGCUGAGGUGGAGGUGGAGGUGGACAGAGGCAGUGAGUACCCAGCACACUACAAAGUCAUGAUGGACAAACUUAAUGAACAACGACAGCUGGACCAGUUCACAGACAUUACCUUAAUUGUGGAUGGACACCAGUUCAGAGCCCAUAAAGCAGUGUUGGCAGCAUGCAGUCAGUUUUUCCAUAAGUUCUUCCAGGAUUUUACCCAGGAGCCACUGGUGGAGAUAGAAGGAGUGAGUAACACAGCUUUUCGCCAGCUGAUGGAGUUCACUUACACAGCAACACUAGUUGUAGCUGGAGAAGAGGAAGCCUAUGAUGUCUGGAAGGCUGCUGAAUACCUCCAGAUGCAGGAAGCCAUCAAAGCACUCAAUAAGACAAAUGAGAAUCCCUCGCCGACAGCAAAGAGCAAAAGUAAAAAGAGGAAGAUUGCUGAGACAUCUAAUGUGAUUACAGAAACCCUACCUUCAGUGGAAGGGGAACAGGUGGAGAUUGAGUUGAUAGGAGAGGGGGCCAUUGAGGUGGAGGAGACUGGACUGGAGGAGGUGGUCGAUGCUGCAAAGAAUGCUCAGGCAGCGUCCGAUGACUCUGCUUUGGCUCUUCUUGCUGACAUAACCAGCAAGUAUCAGCAAGGGGAACCUACGCUACAGGUCAUUAAGAAGGGAGAAAUAGAAGAGGAGGUGGUGUAUCAGGAAGAAAUGGUGACUGCCUCCAAGGUACUGGAGAAUGUCGAGGUCGUAGAGGUCCAGAUUUCCCAAGUGGAUAACAUGUUCCGCUGCAACAAGUGUGAUCGUAGCUUCAAGUUGUACUAUCACCUCAAACAGCACUUGAAAACACACCUGGGCUCGCUGGAAAAACCCCAUGUGUGCCACCACUGCGGUAAAGCCUACACGCGGGAGGGCGCCUUGAAGCAGCACAUCAGCACGUUUCAUUUUGAUGCAGAAGAGCUGUCUCGAAACCAGAAACCCCAGAAGAAAGUGCAUGUUUGUGAAUACUGUAGAAAGCACUUUGACCACUUCGGCCACUUUAAGGAGCACUUGCGGAAGCACACUGGUGAAAAACCUUAUGAGUGUCCAGAUUGCCACGAGCGAUUUGCAAGGAACAGCACACUGAAGUGCCAUAUGGCAGCCUGUCAGAAUGGGGCCGGAGCCAAGAAAGGACGCAAGAAACUCUAUGAAUGCCAGGUCUGCAGCAGUGUAUUCAACAGCUGGGACCAGUUCAAAGACCAUCUUGUGAGCCACACAGGAGUCAAGCCCAACCACUGCACCAUGUGUGACAUGUGGUUCACCCACCCAAAAGAACUAAAGGCCCAUCUCAAACAUAUCCAUUCCAUUGAGGACAACAAGUCAACUGAAGAAGUGGUCAUCACUGACUCUGCGGCUGCCGCCGCCCUCACCAUCACGACACAGGGCAUAGACGGAGCCGAAACGGUCCUGCUGGACGAUGGAAUCCAGGUGGAACACGUCACAGUGGAGCCUGUGGAUGUGAUGGAGAUGGAGGAGACUGCAACAGUUGUGGUGGAGGACGGAGGGGUGGCAGAGAUGUGUGAGGAGGACGUGGAGAGAUUAAAGCGGGCCGGGGUGCAGAUCCAGGUGGUGCACGUGACCACGACUGAAGUUGACGGGCAGCAGGUGGUGAACUCUCAGGUAGAAGUAGAGAUGGAGGGUGAAAUUGUGAACGUUGAGGAGGCAGAACAAGCAGUGGUUGUAUGAGAAUGUGAAAAGGACUGUGUCUUAAAUGACCUGCAGGACAUUCUUUCAGUCCUGAGCAGUUGCAUUAUCCUGUAGCUGACAUCUUAGUUUCCAUAAAGAACACUGCAUGUGGGAUAAAGCAUGUUACUUCAAGAUGUCCUGCUGUCUGCCAUCACAUUGAAUGACUCGGUUCCCACCAACCUCACACAUUGAACUCGGAGUUAUGGACAGUUAUAUAAUUUCCUGCUAAUGAUCCUGUAUUUAUUAUAAAGCUCUUUGCCAUCAUAUCAUAUUCUCUGUGAUUCUUCAGUGCUUCAUCACUCUUCAUCAAUUUUCAUGUGGUUUUUUUUUUUCUGUGUUCUUAUUUUACCUCAAAUGUAUGUUAUGUUAUUUUAGUUUGGGUCACAUGCCAAGACAAUUUGACAAUGAAUGAAGUUUUCUUGUUGCAGCUCAUUAAACAACUGAUAUAUGGUGCUGAUGUUCUUCAGUGCUAAUGCUACAGUUUUGUUCAAAGUUCUUAUUGACUUUUGGUGUUUUUGUAGGAAAAACUCAUAUAUGGAAUAAAACUGGUUUCCAGAAUGGG